GCUCACAGUCCACUCCAUCUGCUCCGGUUGGCCGUAUAUUGCAUUACUGCAGAGCCAUAACAAUCCGGUUACGCCACGCUGGAACCUGGGCCACCCAAAUUUAGAAGAAGAAGAAGAUGAUCAUUCCUGUGCGGUGCUUUACUUGCGGAAAAGUCAUUGGAAAUAAAUGGGAAGCAUACCUAGGACUCCUUCAAGCCGAAUAUACCGAAGGAGAUGCCUUGGAUGCGUUAGGUCUGAAAAGAUACUGCUGUCGUAGGAUGCUACUUGGACAUGUAGAUUUAAUUGAAAAAUUACUCAACUAUGCGCCACUAGAGAAAUAACUUCCAUCUAUUAUGCAGACAUUAAUUGGAACAUUUUUGGAUCAUUCAUAAGAUAUCUAAUGCGACCUGAUGUAUAUAAUUCCAUGAUGUAUACUGAACUGAGCAAAGGCCAAUUAAAGUUACUCUAUUGUAUAGUCUUAAUUUUACAUUUUAAUAAUGCGCUUGUGUAACAUGUAUAGCCU